GGCACAGAUAGAGCAAGACUUGGAAGUGCGAUAUACCUGUGGCUAGAUACAACAGCUCUCCCAGAUGCAAGAGCUAGUUUCACCAUGUGUAUCACAGCCAAGCCUUGCGGAAAUCAAGCGAAGGGCAACUAAGGUCUCGCCUGGAAUAUUGGUGCACACUCCACGUCAGCUAAAUGAGCAGUUCUGGCCCAUUUUCACUUGUAUGCAUUUACUUGUGAUUGUUUUUAUGGUCACGUGGACCACUUACAACAACGGCUUUACUGCAUUGACCUUCACGCCCUCCUACCAGACAGAAGCGGAAGAAAUUACCCUCACUGGACCGCAAAAUAUAACCAGCCGGACACCCGCGAAUCCAUGGUUGGGCCAGCCAGCAGAGCACUUGAUCGGCCUUGGGGGACUUUUCCCACCCUGUAUGAGGCAAGACUACAGGAUCGACUACCACUAUUCCAGGGGGGUCGGGGAUAUGCUGUUCACUGGGGAGGAGAAGUUGGGAUGCUGUGAGAUGCAAUCAGUCAAUGCGGCAGCCACUGUCACUAAGGAUCGGUGUGUGCUUGACGGUGCAGUAUGGCGGCCUGUGAGAUGUAGCAAGAGAGGACUUGGAGAGAAUUUUGUUGCUCACAUAAUUAGACCCUGCUGCACUGGAUUGGACGGUUCUUGUCACAUGACUAGUCCUCAACAUUGUUGGUUUGUGGGUGGAAAAUUUCAUUUGCAUGCUGAACAUUGCUAUCAGGUAAAUUGUCUAGAGCACCUCUGCUACCUGGGAAAUCCUCCUACAACCCCAGAAUACCAAGACACACCAAAACUACCACCAUCAUACCACCAGUGGUGGAGAUUCCUUACAACAGUCUAUAUCCCCCAGGGAGUGGUGGAUGGGGUUAUCAUUCUGUCCCUUGAGCUUCCAUUUUCUUGGACCUUGGAGAGAAAACUCGGAUGGUUGAGGCUUCUCCUUGUGCAUAUGUCUGCAGGGGCUGGAGGACAUCUGAUGGGCUCCUUAUUUUCAAAGUUUACAUCAAUCUUGACAGGUGGCGGACCAUCAUUGGCUGGCAUCCUGGCUGUGCACUUGGUCCACCACCUGGAAAUCUGGGGUCUACGACCUAAGCUGUCAAAGUACACUUUCUGCUGGACAUUAUCUGUUCUUACCCUGGCCUUUCUAGGAACUAUUCCACACCUCAGCAAUCACGCCAACGUUUGGGGUUUUGUAGUGGGAUUCUUAUUAGCAAUGAUUUAUAUCCCAUUUCAGUGGGUUAAAAGAAUUUGUCUUCUUAGAAUAAUUUGUCUAGUGAUUCUUAUUUUUGGCUUUAUGUGUAGUUUGAUGUUUUUCUAUGAGGUGCAACCAUCAGAGCCAUGCUCUUUGUGUAUGUACAUAGACUGUGUCCCUUACAUAUCUGGGAUAUGUGACUAAACAAGCAACAUAAGAAGUAUUCAAUAAAGUUUAUUAUUGUUAAGAACUAAAAA